CGUCGCGCACUUGUGACCCAUGCGGAACAAACAACUCAACGUUGGGACAACGUGAUAUGUCUGUAAGCAAAGAGUAGUCAACACUGCGAUACUAGUAAAGUUUUUAUUCGUUUUCAAUCGUCUGUUCUUCCGAUCUUUUGAAACGUGUAACGUUAGCAGAGAGGAUGGCGCUGAAUAAAUCCAUGCAUCCUAGAAACCGUUAUAAAGAUAAACCUCCAGACUUUGUCUAUCUAGCAUCAAAAUAUCCGGAAUUUCAGAAGCACGUGCAAACGACCCUGACGGGCAGAGUGACGCUGAACUUCAAGGACCCGGAGGCUGUCCGAGCCCUUACCUGCACCCUGCUCAAAGAGGACUUCGGCCUGACCAUCGAGAUCCCCCUUGAACGGCUCAUCCCCACUGUCCCGCUCCGCCUUAACUACAUCCACUGGGUGGAGGACCUGAUUGGGGGCCAGGGGAACCCACGGAGAGGCAUCGACAUUGGUACCGGUGCCUCCUGUAUUUACCCCCUCCUGGGAGCCACUAUGAACGGCUGGUUCUUCCUUGCCACAGAGGUAGAUGACAUCUGCUUUAAUUAUGCAAAGAAAAACGUCGAGCAAAACCACCUGGCAGAGCUCAUAAAAGUGGUGAAGGUGCCCCAGAAGACUCUGCUAAUGGAUGCACUUAAGGAAGAGUGUAUUGUCUAUGAUUUCUGCAUGUGCAACCCUCCUUUCUUCGCCAACCAGUUAGAAGCAAAGGGGGUGAAUUCAAGAAACUCCCGCAGACCUCCGCCCAGCUCCAUCAAUACAGGGGGGGUGACUGAGAUCAUGGCUGAGGGAGGAGAGUUGGAGUUUGUGAAAAAUAUCAUCCACGACAGUCUGCAGCUGAAGAAAAGACUAAGGUGGUACAGUUGCAUGCUGGGUAAGAAGUGCAGCCUGGCACCUUUGAAGGAUGAGCUGCGGAAACAAGGGGUGCUCAAAGUCACACACACAGAGUUCUGUCAAGGUCGGACCAUGCGCUGGGCCCUGGCUUGGAGCUUCUAUGAUGACGUACCUGUGCCUUCUCCGCCAUGUAAGAAGAGGAAGCUGGAGAAGGCUCGUAAGCCCCUCACCUUCACUGUACUGAAGCCCACUUUGGCAGAGCUGCAGACCCAAGCCCCCAGUAUAGGCUGCAAAGACACAAGCCCCAUAGAGAGCGUCUCUGCCCGGCUGGAGAAGAUACUGACAGACCUGAAGGUGCUUCAUAAACGUGUACCAUGUGGAGAGGCGGAGCUUAGCCUCUUCCUGACAGCGGUGGAGAACACCUGGGUCCAUACACGGCAAAAGAGACGAGAACAGCAUCGGCAUCUCCGUGAGCUCCCUAGAGUGCAACCAGCCUCCACCUGCAGCACGGACAUGGAAACUCUAACCCCAGAGGAACCGUCCACAGAAAGCAGUGCCAAUCCUCAACACAACAAUGGGAAGGAAACAAACGAACAGCAGGACCCAAAAAAAUCUGCAGACGUCCCAAUGGAAUCACCCACUAAACAGAACGAAGCACCCAUUAGCUGUACUUCAAACCCAGAGACGGUCCAGCAGUUCCUCUUCAAGUGCUUGGUGAACAUGAAGAUGGAGGAUAGCGACGCGGUGGUGGAGAUGCAUUGGGUUGAGGGGCAAAAUAAAGAUCUGAUGAACCAGCUCUGCACAUGUUUGAAGAACUCCCUCUUCAGACAGGUAGCCAAUCCCACUUAACCCCCCCACACUGGUUUUGUUCUCUCUUUCUUUCAGAUAAUUUUACAAAACACAAGAUGUCAUUAAUCAAUGCUUUUCAGUCAUGUUUGAAGUUUGACAACAUUUGUAAUAAAAGUUUUACAUAUA